AUGGCAGAUAGCCAACUGAGUCGGGAGGGCUCCGACACUUCCCUCAACGCCUCUGCCGAUCCCAACAACGGCUCCGGUGUGACGUCGCCCCGAUCGAGCACCGAUACCCGCUCCUCGCGGAAUCAGAACCAGCUACGAGUUUCACAUAUGCCCCCGGCCAAUCAUCAGCACCGUCAGAGCUUGAGUGAGACUCUCCGUGGACCGCCAGGCUCGCCAAGGAACCGACGACAACCCUCUCUCACGCAGUCCGCUAUUCAGAGCUUGAUUGAUAACCCCCCACCGCCGAAGAAUGUCGAUCCGGCGUUCAUUGGUCGGGACUGGCGAGAAAUCUCCAUUGGAGAGCUCGUUAGUCCGGAGGACUUGCAAUUCGUUGAAUUGGAUACGGGCAUUGAAGAGGCGACGAAUAUCUUGAUUGAUACUGGUGCACCCGUACUGCUUAUUCGCGAAAGCACCGAGCACAAUUCUGCUGUAGCUACAUUCGAUUACUCCGAUCUAAACACAUAUCUUUUGUUGGCGGCAGGGUUGACCACCCUGCAAGAAGGACAUCGCACAUCGUAUGAUGAGCUUGCCAAGAAAGCUCGGGAUGGAGAGAAGAUCCCCCUCAAGGAUGUCAAGGCCUUGGGCAUGGAAAAGGAACCGCUCGUUACGCUGCCGGCGUCAGCAAAUGUUCUCACGGCGGUAGAAACGUUUGGUGGCGGUAUCCAUCGUGUUGUCGUGACCAAGGAGUUCAACGAUCGAGAGGUGGUUGGCAUCUUCAGUCAGUUCCGACUGGUCAAGUUCCUUUGGGAGAAUGGCCACAGCUUCCCUGCGAUUGAGCAGCUCUACCCGCAGGCGUUGAAUAACUUGCGGAUUGGAUCUCACAAUGUGAUCUCCAUCAACGGCGAUAAGCCCCUCAGUGAAGCUCUUCAGCUGAUGGAUACUGAAGGAAUAUCUUCUCUUGUCGUGGUUGAUAACCAUUGGAAUGUGAUUGGCAAUAUCUCGACGACGGAUGUUAAGCUUCUCACACGAUCCUCGUCGCUACCUCUCCUCCAAAACACCUGCACGCACUUCAUUUCGGUGAUUCUGUCGACUCGCGGAUUGAUUGAAGGCAAAGACUCGUUCCCUGUUUUCCAUGUAAAUCCUACAUCGACGCUCGCUCACACAGUUGCUAAGCUUGUGGCUACACGAUCGCAUCGACUCUGGGUGACCGAUCCGUUGUCUCCGGCUUCGUCAGGGCCUCCCACUCCAUCUCACUCCAGUGCACAUAUUCCUCUGGCAGCACCAGUCCCCCUCGCGACGACGGGAUCGAAUACUUCGUUGUCUCCACCACCUUCACCCCUCCCAACGCCUGUGAAUCCCAUUUCACAGCCUCCCGGCCCGGCGACACCUCAUCUCCCGGCACCACCCCAGCCCUACGGCAGCGCUGCUCCGUUCGCACCAGUUGCAUCCGGGGUCACGCCGCCACUCGCGCCCUCAAUCCCAGCAUCAGCCCUACCAGGUGCUCGCCUAUCCGGACGUCUGGUCGGAGUUGUUAGCUUGACUGAUAUUCUGAAUUUACAUGCUCGCGCGAGUGGCCUGAGUCCCGCAGAUCCGGCCGAAUCUCGGCGUCGUCGGCGCAGCAGCUCUUCAAGCAUGAACGUUCAGCGUAGCGGUGAGAUUGGCCGAGAGUUAUUUAGCCGGGGUGGUGUUUAG